AUGCACUUCUCAACCAGCACCAUCCUCGCCCUCGGCCUGACUCUUCUGCCCGCCAGCAUUCUCGCUGCUCCCAGCCCCCCUCCUGUAGAGAGACAGACAUCGUGCACAACCAUCUACCCGGAAUACGCGCGUGUCUCGCAGGCCCAACCCGUCGCGUCCUACCUCCCCGGCUUCCGCAUCAGCCAAGACAACGGCGCGACCAACAAGAACGACAUGUUCAUCGAAUUCGCCGUCCCCGCCGGCUCCUACGGCUGCCAGCUCGAGACAUAUUUCCCAGCCGGCUACCCCAUCACCAAGUCUGGCCGUCAGGAUGUCUACAUCUACAGCACCGACAGACCACUUACUCGUUCACCCCAAGGGAUUGACGUCAGCUGGGCCUAUUCACCCGCGCCAGUGAGCCAGGUAGGCACGACGAGGUUCGAGUCGGACCCGGCAACGUCAACCACCAAGGUUAUCAACUCUUUUGCUUGCCAGCCCACCAUGACGUAUCGCUUGAGUAUUGGAAGGGAUUGGUCCGAUGCGGGCAAUGUGGAGUUUGUGCAGGGUAGUGGGGCUGGCUUCAGAAUGACCUAUAACUGUUGA